CGGACAAGCAGUAUUUGCACCUAUCGGCCCAAUUUGCGGGCAAUUGUCAUAUUCACAAUGCGUCGGGCUCUACUAACGGGCAUCCAAUGCCAUGCUUGUCGAAAUAAUGUCGUUCGUUCGUUUGUUUCCGUUUCUGGUGUGACAUUCAUGCCUCUAGCAAGUGGUUCAUGGUCUGCCUCUCAGACCCGCCCUCCACCUCUCUCACGGAAUUUUUCAUCUCAGCACGCGAAAUUAUUUUCGAGCCAUCCCUCUGACAAUGCUGAAGUGGCUGUUGAUCCUAUGCCUGAGAAGGACAUUACGGAAGAGACGGUGAAGCCACCAGAAGAACCCGAAGAACAUAUACCCUGGUACCUUCAAGAAGAACUUGAAGCCACAACAUCACACCCCCUAAGAAAGCAACAACCGCUGCCUCCUCUUCCGGAGAACCCACCCCCAAUAUUAAAUGGCCUACUUGAACAUAUAUCUAUCGACCUUGGCCUCGAUGAUAUUAGCCUGCUUGAUCUCCGCAAACUUGAUCCUCCUCCCGCUCUGGGAGCAAAUCUCAUUAUGAUUUUCGGUACUGCUCGAGGCGUGAAACAUCUCAAUGUUUCAGCAGAUAGAUUGUGUCGGUGGCUGCGUACUACCUAUAAGUUACGGCCUGAUGCCGAUGGUCUCCUAGGCAGAAACGAGCUAAAGAUUAAGCUCCGAAGAAAGGCUCGUCGUGCAAAGCUAGCCAAGAGCGCCAAAUCAACUCUUACGGCGCCCGACGAUGGAAUCACAACGGGUUGGAUAUGUGUCGAUGUGGGAACCGUUGAAGGCGGUCAAUUCCGCAAACCGGAGGAAGAGGCUCGGAAAGUCGGUUUUGUUGGCUUCGGAACGUUUGUGCAGGGGACUCGGAUCGUUGUGCAAUUGAUGACAGAGGAGAAAAGGGAAGAAGUUGACCUAGAGGGUCUUUGGCGUCGGACGCUGGAACGAAACUCCUUGGAGAAUGAAGGCCUCCCGCAACCGCAGGCGGAAGAGCCUCCACAAGAGGCGGGUGAUAUCCAUAAACCUUCAUCUGUUACACCAGCUCACAUCAGUCAUCGAGUUAGCCACGCGGCCCAAAUUUCGGUCAACUAUGAACAACGAAGGGGUAUAUCUACUGGGUCUUGUCAGUACCGAGACCUCGAAGAGGACGGGUUGAAUUACGCGCCGAUCAACCCAGACGGAACAAUUAAACUUCCGGAACUGAUUUCUGAAUCAACUCCCCUAACAUCGCUGACUUCCCGGUUAAGAAAUAUUUCUCCAUAUGAAGCGAUCUAUCAUCUCGGACAAGACGUUAAUGACACAAAUUCUACGACAUUUUUAGAGCAAUUUUACCGGAAACUCUCGAAAGCUCCCGAUGAUCUGGCGUCCGCUCAAAGAAUAAAACUUAUAUGCAUUGCAAUCAUGCUUCAUCAUCCCGGUUAUGGCAAAACCGACCUCUUCAAGGUGACCCAAGAGCAUUUCAUCUCAAACUACGGUGUAACGCCCCCCCAAUUCCUGGAGAUUUUGGAUGCGUUGCUCUCAUUCAAACCCGAUCUGACCUCGGAUCCUCCCAAUCUGCUUCUUCCAGCCGCUGAUAUGGAAUUGGCAUUACAAACCAUAGAUCAUGUGGGACUCCGAGGUAUCGACCUCCUUAACUCGACUGUUUGGAUGAAACUUUUUGUCGGCGCCUCAUUUCGCGUGCCGGUCUGCCCAGUAAGGGAUCUUAUGAAUGCCCCGGUUAUCGGCAACCGUACUCCGGUUUCCCUUGAUACGUACGAGACAGUAAAUCGCGUCCAGACGCGUCUACUCAAAGUCAAAACAGCCGCCAAAAUAGAACUGAGCGCAAACGAGUAUCUGAGCCUGCUUCGUGUGCUCUUCGACCACGAAUGGUACUCAAUGUUCUGGGAUACAUGGGAAGAAAUAGCGCUGGCUGGGAUGCCUCGAGACAAAUCGCUUUACGUGUUUCUUUUCCAGCUCCACGCCGAAUCGGAUGGCUGGGAAGGUUGGAAGUCGACCCUUCUGAACUGUAUUCCAAUGAUGGAAAGAGAAAAUCCCCCAGUAUAUAUGGACCGUGAGCUAGCAGAGGUUAUAGCAAGAUGCCUUGCUAUAGCACAUCCAGAGAUAAUGGAUAGAGUUGAGCGAAACGAGCCGAGUCCCUUGGUCCGGCUGUGGCACCGCUGUCGAAUCACGAUUGAAAAGGAGGUUCCUUUGAGAGGGGCACAAAAUCCCCCUUCCACCAUGUCUUGACGAUCCCUCAAUAUUCUAGUUUAUAUACCCCUAAUAAAUUUCCUGGACAAUACAAUGAGAUCCGCAUGUAUAUAGCAUAGAGCUCGAAAUUCAAUGGAAAAACGAAAAUUAGACGAAUAAAUAAAUCAAUGAUGAGCUACGAGACUGAAAUCUGAUGAGUCAGCAUUU